AUGACGGUAUCGACCAGUGACAAUCACCAACCAGAAACUGUCGAGAACAAACUAAUGAGUCCAGAAGAAACUCCACGAGAUCAGACACAGUUGCGAAAAGUGUCCAAUCUCGGAUCGAUAGAUUCAACCAACCA